GGAGAACUGAGCUCUGCCUCCUCUGUGUUCAACCCUCCACUUGCCUGUUGAAGAGGGCGUACUGAGGGAUGUGAGAGACUUUUUAAAGCCUAUUUGGACUUCAGUUUGUGUUUUUGUCUGAACUGGACUCUGGAAAUGUCUGAGAGCAUCGUCAGGAAGGUCCAGCCCUUCACCAUCGGGACGCGGCUGUCUGUCCCCGCUGUGCCGAAAUGUCAGGACUUUACACAGAGUUACCUUCAGAGCCAGAGCCUGGAUAACUGCACGCUACAGCACAACCUGAACUCACUCUACCUCAGCCGAUCCCAGGUGUGCGCACGUGGGCCAUGUCUCGUCUCACCCAUCGUUAAGCAGGUCUCCCCUAUCAAACAGAACCAGGAGGACCUGGCAGCGGAGGACCACCUGAACCAGAACGUCUCCUCUCCCUCUGCCGUCUCCAGGUCCAUCAAGAAGAUCACCAUCUCUGGAAGUAAAGACGGAUCAGAGAGCAAGGCGUCAGUGGGAUCUGCCCAGAGGUUUAUAGUGGGGUCAACGUCUGAAAACAACAAUAACAACAACAAUGUCAGCAGCUCCGCAGAUCCACAUCUACCCAGGAUCGUGGGUGUGAGCUGUGAGAAUAAACCCAGCUCUCAAUUUAAGGUUUUACUCAGAAAAGACAACAGGGACGACUUCCAUCCUUUACUGGGACAAACCAGAGUGAAUGGAGAGAAACCUGUCCAGAUUUCAGCCCCCGAAUCCCAGAGGAAAGAGCCUCAGAGGAGAGAAAGUCAUCUGCACUUAAAGAACGAAGCUUCAGCUGCUGUUACCUCUCAGAGUGACUUCUUCAUUCAACGAAACUCGCUCUUCAACAAGGAAGUGCUGCAGGCUGAGGCCUGGAUCAAAGGCAAGCUGCAGGACUUGAAGGAUGGCUGUAAUAUUCAGCGCUGCCCCCUGCAGGACUGGGAGGAGGCCUCGCAGACGCUCCUCAGGGACCUCAAAGACUUUGAGAACACCUUGAUUCAGCUCAACCAGAUGGGUGCGCAGCUGAUCUGUAAGCUGAACCCCUCGUCUGACCUGGUGAAGAAGCAGCUCAGUCAGCUGAGAGACCAAUGGCAGACCCUGAAACAGAUGGCGGCCAAUCAGACGAGAGCACUGGGAGGAGCCAAAAACCUGCAGGAGUUCAACAGAAAGGUGGACAAGCUGGAGGCAUGGAUUAAAGAAAGGGAAGAGGAGCAGUGUCUGGUGAGCGUCCUCGGGGAGAACGUGGACAAAAUGCAGCUGACCAGGAGGAUUUUAGAUCUGAAACAGGACGAGCAGCUCUACAGAAACCUUCACGAGGAGAUCAACCACUUGGCCCUGAAACUGGAGAAACAAGGGAAGACAGAUGGCAAAAACAUCUCCAGCAGGAGGAAGCACAUCAAUAAAAUGUGGUUAAAGGUGCAGUCUCACCUGAAGAGCUACCAUGAAAAUCUUCAGCUGGCCCUGGAGGUGUCCUCGUUCUACCAUCAGGCUGAUAAUACGCUGUUUGCUAUUAACAACAUGAAGAAAAGCAUUUCUGCAUCUAAAGAGCUGGACAGCUUUGGAGACAGAGAAAUACGAGACAUUGCCAGUCAGAUCAUGAUGCUGGAUGUAAGCGUGUCUCAGCUAUCCAAUCUGCAUCCUGCGCUGGCUGCCAGCGUCACACAAAAGCAGAGCGAGGUAAAGGACUGCUGGGCGCUUCUUCAGAAGGUUCUCAGGAGUGACAGGAUCGUCCUCUCUCCCACUGCCGCUGCUUUCACCAGGGAAGAUGAUGACCCUCUGACUCCAGCCAGAGAACCCCCGUGCAACGUGGGAACGGAGACUCAAAGGAUCAUGGGAAAGGAGGUGAAGGAGGAGCAGAAUCGUCUGAAAGGCUGUGUGAGCUCAGCUGAAUGUGGGAUCAGUCGGAGAUCCCAGAGCAGCCAAGGCGCGGAGCAGGAAUCAGCGAACCACACCUCGUCGCCCACGGGAGACGAACCGGCCUGUGCUGAUGAUGUCAUCGUCAGACAUCCAUCAAAGGGAGAAAGCAGGAAGCCCGGAGCAGAGCCGAGGCCUGGCACCACCCCACGGGGCCACACACAGCUCCAUGCACAGCUCCAGAAGUUCACCGUGUCUGCAGACAAGACGUUGUCCUGGCUGAAGGACAAUGUGUCCAUGGCCACACAGGUGUGUUCAAUAGCCAGCUUCGAGGGUCUGGAGGCGGCCCGGAGGUGUCAGCACACUCUGGAACAAGAAAUCCUCACCAACAGGGCCAGGAUCGAGGUGGUCAAAAGGGAGGGCCGGGAACUGGUCCGAGCUCAGCACCCAGGCGGCACCAGGAUUGAGGAGUUCUUGGGACAGCUGGAGGUCCUGUGGGAGGAGCUUAGGAGGAGGCACCAGAGGAACGCCGUGUUUCUUAGGGCCUCAGAGGAGCUCGGUUUCAGGGUUGUAAAAGUGCUGCAGGCCCUGGGCAGCCUGGAGGCCUGGCUGGAGUCUGUGGAGCUCUCCAUGAAGGAGUCGGCUCUGGCCGGGGACCCCGAAACCAUGAGCGUGGCAGAGAGAGAAAGCUGUCUGCUGGAGAAGGAGGUGGCAGCACGCAGCCUGGAGCUCAGCGCUCUGAGGCAAGAGGUGGACCGUCUCCAGGGGCACAGUCACCCACACACCAGAGGCCUGCCAGCUCGCAUGGAGGAGGUGGAGACAAAAUACCAUCGUGUCCAAAGUGCCCUGACCCAGCAGAGCUCAGAGCUGCAGGACACCCGGAUGCUGACCGAGUUCCUGGAGCGUGUGGAGCUGGAGGAGAGUCAGGAGCUCAGCGGGAGUACGUACAGCCUUGGAAAGGUUCUCCAUCGUGAGAUCUCCUCUACUCCUUCAUUGCUGGGUCUCCAGAGCAGUGGUGGUGGCGAGCCCCUGAUAGAAAGCAUGGGAGACCCUGUGGAGGAACUCAGAGAGGCCGUAGAGAUGCUGAACGACACUGUGAGGGAGAGAGGCCGCUCUCAGAGCCAUGAUCAGGCCAUCCAGGAGCUGCUGAGCAAGCAUGCCAGCCUGGCUGUUCGAGUGGAGGAGAGUCUGUCCUGCUGCAAAGAGCUGAGUCUGGAUGUCCUGGAGAGGGAGACAGACAUGGCUGUGCAGUGUGAGCCAGAGCGCUGCGGCCUCGAAGCUCUGCAGGCCAAACAGGACCGCCUGGAGGUCGACUAUGAAGUCAUCAGGGAGGAGGUGAAGGAGGUGGAGGAGCAGGCCUCUCGCCUGGAGGAGCUGUGCCCAGAGAGAGUGCAAGUGCUCGGGGUAAAGAUCCGGGCAAUGCUGCAGGGCUGGACGGAGCUGGGGAGGAGUGUGACCGAGAACAAGUCACGUCUGCAGGAGUUCAUACAGCUCCAGGACUUCUUCAGGAGCUACCUCGCUAUGAUCUCAUGGACGGAGGACACCAGGUCGUGCAUUUUCUCUGAUGCUGCUCUGCAUCCUGGGAAAGAUGGUCGAAAGCCGCUGGCUGCAGAGCUGGAUCUGCAGAUCGAGCAGAAGUUUGAGGAAUUUGAUGAGCUGGCGACCAGGGGGAGGAGCAUUUUAGACAAAGAUCACCACCUCACACAGAUGGUGAAAGAGCGCAUGGAGGAGCUCAGGAGCAUGCUUGGAUGGAUUUUGGUUCACUGGAGAGCUCAGAAACAGCAGUGGCUAUAUAAGAAGAGCAAACAGGAGUCUUCACAGGAUAACAUUUAUUCUGAGGCCACAGUAACAGAGCUCCAUUCACAGACUCUGGCUCCUGUUUUAGACGACUACAAUUCCCAUCAGCCCCCAGUCCCCAUCUCUGAUGAAGACAGAGUAGAUGCAGCAGGAGACAGUCAGCCUUCCUCCUUGCAGGCUGAGCUUUCAGAGGAGAAGCAGUUAGACGACGGGUAUGAAGUCAUGAAAAGCAUCAGCCCACCAGUCAGCGAGGCCCCCUCCUCAGAGUCUCCCAAACCCUCUAUCAUGGUCCUCAAGGACCACAGCAGUCCUGCUCUAGGGGGAACAGUGAACCUCAUCCUCAGCUUUGCUAACCCAGGGGAGAGCCAGGUUCAGGUGCUGGAGCCACCUGCUGGGACUGUGGAGGUAGUGGAGGAGAGCUGUGAGCCCAUGCACAGGGUAAGUACCUACCUGCAUGUGAAGGAUAACAACUUGGCUGUGGCCCCUGUGUAUGAGAGUAUCACCCUGCCCCGCCAAAAGAGCCGCUCUGCAGCCUCAGCCUCCCCUACUCUCUCGCCAUCAUCAUCAUCGACCUCCUCCUCACCGCUUUCCUCAGCGGCUGCACCUCAGACGGCUAACGUGACCUUCCAUCCUGUGAUCGGGAGCAGCAGCAGCUCCAUCUUCAGCAGCCUGAAGAGGAUGGGCAAGAAGAGGAAGAGGAAGAGGGACGCUCGCAGGCACACCAUCCAGAAAAUCAUGGGCGUGGAGGAGCAAACAGAAGGGAGGCAUCAGUAUGAUUGUGAAACCAUCACAUAUGACACUCACACAUGGCCUCUGAAGGAGGCUAGGAGGAAGAAGAGUGCACCAAAGUGCAGGAGCGGAGCAGAGGCCACAGCUUACAUGAAGAAUCCUCUGCUGAAGGACAUUGAGACUGAGUGUUCAGGAGAGUAUAGCAUCACCCCCUACGCUGUUUCAGAAGGGACAAACUCUCUGUUGUCUGCUAACCCUGUCAGAAGUCACUGCAGAUUCCUCUCUCUGGGCUCUGUGCUGAGCUUCGACCUGCCUAAAGACAUGACGCUCAUCCCCAGCAUCCAGGACAUCAUCACCAUCGCUCCACCAGAGUCUAAAACAACCACAGGGACUGAUCCAGACCCGCUCUCACAGAGACACUCAAACCUGAGCUCCUUUAAACAGACUCGAGCUGCUCCUGCCGUCACACGCAGCUCAGCAGACCUUAGCUCCUCUGAAGCCCCGUCGACAGCUAUUGUGGUAAAAGAUCUUCCUGAUGUGGACACGAACCUCCAAACUCCACCUGUGGAAGAAGAUGAGGAUCAGACUGUGCCGUGUAACCACCUCAUAAAGUCUGAAUACAGUCUGCAUGAGGAUGCAGCGCAGGAGUGGGAAAAAAUGUCCUCACCUGGAAGAGAUGAGAUGAUUCACUCUACUCAUCUCCCCAUUUAUGUGAAUCAGCCUCCAGCUGAACACAGACACGGCUGUCUGAGUGUGCACACACUCAUUAAAGACCUGAAUGGGCACAUGUACCAUAAAUGUUCAAGACCCCACAGUUUGCAUGAAGACAGUCCCAGACUUCAGUGUCAGAGCCAGGCGUCUCACAUGAUCGUCAAUCUGAAGUCAACAGUGAGCGUGAGCGUUCGUCAGGACUCUGUCGACUCUGGGAUUUCCACAUCAAGCGGCAUCAAGCUCUGCAGCGACGUGCCGUGCCAGGAGCAGCCUCGAGGAGUGGUGGGGAAGCUUCUGUCGUUAGAGGUGGGGGCGGUAGAGCACACUAAGAAACCUGAGGACGCUGUGACACCUCCAGAGCCAGAAACAGACCCCGUCCAUCUAGACCGCCAGCAGUUUGAAGAAGAGGAGGAGGAGCUAGAGGACAUCUGGAACCAGAGGAGUAACUACAGACAGAGCAUCUGCUCAGACAUCAUGUACCAGCCAAGCCAUGACGAGUCUGAACCCUCACUCCAACCCUCAGACCCCCCCUCACGCUCUCCUUCUCCUAAAGCCCCCGCGGUGCUCUACAGGAACCUGGCCACAGCCUCAGCACCAAACCUCCUGGUGGCCGAGUUCAGACUGCCCCCCCACAUUCAGAGCCUGCUGGGAUACGACAAAGAGCCUAAAGGUCAGCUACCCCCGCUGGCCCCAGGAGACAGAAGAUCCUGGGCGGCGUUUUCAAACAGAGAACCAGCCAAUAAGAACUUAGUGACAGUAAAUGAGACGGCGUCGGAUCCAGUGAAGCUGCCUGACGUCGGGGACAAUCAGAGAUACAUUUAUCAAUACAGAGAGGACGAGGAGGAAGAGGAGGAGGAGGCGAAGGUGGGGGAGGAGGCAGAUGAGCACACGGGCUGUGUGAAGGACCAGUCGAUGAGUCUGCUGUCCGUUCACAUGGGAGAGGAUGGCGUCUGUCAGCAAAGGAAAUUCUCUCAGAGCCAGGGCGUCUCAGAGGCGCAGGGUGAAGCUGUGUCCACCAGAGGGCGCUGUCUUGCCUUGAGUGGAAAGGCUGAGCUGCAGUCGAUGGAGGGAACGCUGGAGAGGAAACACAAGCUUCAGUUUGGAGGAAAGAAAGCGGCCUCCAGAGGCUGGAACUCGUACCACGCCGUCCUGCACAGACACACCUUAUGUUUCUACCAGGACAGGAAGGACACCCUGAGGAGUUCUGCCUGUGGUCUGCCACUGAACCUACUGGGAGCUGAGUGCACACCUGCACCUGAAUACACCAAAAAACCCAACUGUCUGCGGCUGCAGCUCCGUGAUGGAUCUGAAUAUCUGCUGAACGCCUCCUCUCGUUUCAUGAUGAAGAAAUGGAUGAUGAGGAUACAAGCAAACACAGGUCAGACUGAGUCCAUCUCUUCAUUAUCAAGCAUCACAGUGGAGCAGGACUUCUCUGUUUCCUCAAAGCCGCCCCCUUGCUCCACCUGUCACGGUCUUGCCAAAUGCUACUGCCCCUCCCAGCAUGACGUCACCUCCACGUUCCCAAGGCGUAAACCGCCGGGCGCCGCCCAAACCAAAGAGAUCAUUGUCCUAACCCGAGAGUUCAGUCACAUUCAGCAGAGUGGAGUGAGGAGUGUGGGGGAGCCGUGGACGUCCUCACAGAGUGACUGCUGCGACGGCGAUGAUGAUGAUGAAGGCUGCCUAAAGCAGGCAAUGACUCAUCGUCUGUCUGGAUCAUCCAGAGAAAACACCUCCGUCUCUCCUCGCUCCCCGGUCUGCAGCGAUCAGGACUGGCUGAGCAACAAGCGCCGCUCCCACUCCUUCACCUCAGCUACUUUUCAGAAGAUCAAACCCAUGUGGCACGCUCCCGGAGGCCGCGGCCCCGACAGAGGCUCCAACUACUGUGUGACCCUGGUCGUAGGAGACAAAUCCUCAGACAGAAGCAGAAACACAGAGCGCCCCCUGCUGGCCUCAGCUGGAUGGCAGCAGGACGACUGUCAGACUCUGAGGAGCUACACCAGCCUGCCACGUCCACGAAACAAGUCUGUCUUUAAGAAGUUCUUUGGAAAAAGGGACGUCUGAGGGUUUUAACUAUUGACUGUAUAUAAGAAUGAACGACAUCUCCUCUUCCUUUGUACAAAAGUGAUGUGAAAACACUCCUCAUCGAGGACUAGCUGGUUGUUUCCUUCUGUUGUACCACAAAGGCUCGGCUCAAGCUCCUAAAGUAUGAAAACAAGUAUGUUGAUCAUAAUAACAGUAUAGCUCCAUUUAGAGCUUCAACCCCUUAACGCCUGAAAACACAUAUAAUAGCCAGAAAAUUCUAACUUUUUGGAACUAAAAUGUUCAUUUAACUUUCUACUGAAAUUUAAAAAAAUCCAAAUUUCCAUAAAAUUUAACAAUUAUAUUUUAGUAUCUGAUUUAUUCAUUAG